AUGCUGUACCUGUUUGUGAUCAAACUAGAGGUCUUUCAUUUUGUUUUUUUUGUUAGACAGGGUCAGCAAACAGACUCGACCUUCAUAGUCUUAAGUGGAAGAUUGCGAUCUGUAAUCACUCACAAGGAUGGCAGGAAGGAAGUGGUGGCAGAAUAUGGCAAAGGUGACCUUGUAGGCAUUGUGGAGUUAUUAACACAGACAGAUCGUAGCACAACAGUGAUGGCUGUGCGCGAUUCUGAAUUAGCUAAGCUGCCAGAAGGACUGUUCAAUAUGAUCAAGCUCAAGUACCCAGUUGUUAUGACCAGACUCAUCAAACUCCUGGGACAACGCUUGCUUGGUUCUUGGAAAUCAACUUCACGAGCACCACUUGGCUUAAACAUUGAACAGCGGCCAUCACAAAGUAAUUACUCUACUGUAGCUAUUGUUCCUGUAUCGGAAGAUGUUCCUCUCUCCCAGUUCACUCUUGAAUUGUAUCACUCCUUGCUCUCUAUUGGUCCUGCAUUAAGACUGACAUCAGAAUAUGUGGUACGCUCCAUGGGCACAAGUAUAUGGGAGUCUGCCAAUGAAUAUCAGCUGAUUUCCUGGCUAGGACAUAUAGAAGAUCAACAUCGUGUUACCCUCUACCAGUGUGACUCCUCGCUAACUGUGUGGACACAACGAUGCAUACGUCAAGCUGAUGUGAUACUAACUAUUGGUUUAGCAGACUCAGGACCUCAGAUGGGAAAGGUUGGUAUAAUGCAUGCAGCUGAAGCUACAUACACUUACUGGCUGACUCUUGUUAAUCUGGUUCCUUGAUGCCAGUGAGGGGCUCUUAAUCCCUUCCUUGGAGCAAACCUGAAUCCCUGCUAUUCGCCCAGCCACUACAUGAUCCC